CACAGACUGACUCAAUAAAUUCACCUGUCACAGUUUUCUGCCUUCAGUUCUGGGUCAAAAAAGAGAGGAUUCAGAUUCAGCAGCCAUGGCAUUAAAGGGAACACUUACUUGGCUUUGCUCACUAGCAGCUUUGUCCUUCUCUGCAGCGCAGGAUGAAACUUUACUACAGAAUUGCAACUUGCAAACUCAGGUCAUUGAACGUCUACCAGCUGAUCUCAGGUAAACUGUUAAUGUUCGUCCUACCAGAAAAGCUGCUGUAACAUGCACAUUAAUGAAGCUCACGUUGUGUUUAUCGAAGAAAACAAACAAAAUCAUUAACCUUGCGGCUGAUAUUUUUAAUUCUUUUAAAAUUUUUCCUUUUCAUGCCACUCUCAAAACAACUGUACUGUCUGAUAUUCACCAACAGGUGGCGGCACAGUGUGUUGAAAAUCUGAGUGCACAGCAGACCGCUGCACUACUGUUCUCCACGAGGGAUCUGAGUGAUGCUCUGCACAAGCACCAGCUGAAAGAAUGUCAAGAUGCUGAGCCGAAGGAAUGCCCUGUAGCCGAAGUUCCAGAAAAUGGAGGUUUGGCGUGUCUCACAGUUGCCAACAAGCGCUACUGCAAACCUAUGUGCAACCAUGGUUACGAUUUUGGUUUUAUCAGGAGGAGUCGUUUGUAUGAUGAAUGCAGCCAGCAGACAGGACAUAAAUGGGAUACCCAGUACGUGGGAGGAAACAAGCUGGCUGUGUGCAACAAAGAAUCUAUUCAAGUUUCAGGAGCACAGACAGCGUAUUUUCCUAAAGAUCAGGACUGCCUGACGACCAAGAGCAGCAGCCAACUGCAGAACAGCACCAUGGAAGUUUUUACCAAUGAGCUGAAGAAUCAAGGCAUACAAGGAGAGCCAGAGUAUGCCUGUCUUGUAUGUGGAUGACCAAGAGGUAGAAACAAGUGUGGAAAAAUGCAUCGACAGAGGUGUUGCAGCAAGAAAUGAAGUAUUUGCAAGUGGAAACAGUUCAAAUCUGUAUGAAAGUUAAACUAACUUCACAAAAAUAAAAGUGUUCCUGUACUUGAA